UGUUCCUUGCCUAGACAUUUGAUGGCCACCCGUGUCACGCAUGGCGUGGGCACUGCCAACACCACAGCUGAUAGUGGGCGUCAUGAGAGGUGGCCCGAGCGGACCGCGCUACGGAGGACGGCGGCGGAGGAGCGGCGAUGGAGCGAGUCCAAGCAGCUGAGCUUGCCGAAGCCUGCGCCUGACAGUGAGGGCUGUGCAGCACUGGCCAUGAAGGCACUGGAGGAGGGGAAGCCCUUUGAUGCGCUGAUCUCAUGCGAGCGAGCUCUGCGCACGUGCGCCACCAGCGAGUCGCUGCGCUGCGGCAUGCUGAGCGCCUUGGCCUUGGAGUCGCUGGGCCUCCUGAACCUCGCCCAGGAGCGUCUGGGCCAAGCAGCACGGAUGGCCAAAGACGUAGACCUCUCCACGCUGCAAAUGGCACUCGAAGCGAUGAAGCGCGUACGCGGGCGGGAGAGACAGAUCGAAGAGGGAGAUGCGCAGGUGCUCAUGGAGGAAAUCCAGCGCAUGGGCGCCCUGCUGGGGGACCAGGAGGCUGGCUACUGGAUCAGCUGCGUGGGAGAGUGCAGCCGCAGCAAAGAGGGGCAAGCCGAGCUGGUGCAGAAAGGCUUCCUGCUGGAGGCGCAUCGCAACCUCCAGCAGCCUGCCCAAGUGGCACGCCACGCCAGCCUAGUAGCCCUGAGGUAUCGGAUCAACAAGAAGUUGCAACGGCAUCUCUCAGCAGCUGGCUUGCUGCCUUGCACUCGCCCCUCAGCGUGGACCCCUUGGAGGAGCAGCUGCGGCAAUCGCUGGACGAACUUCGCGCGAAGAGGCUGGUGGUCUUGGAUGAGGUGCUGCCACCGGAGGCGCUUUGCAAGGUGAAGCUGGAACUGCAGAGGAUGCGACAGGAACAGGUCUUGCAGAAUGACACCAACGAUGUGUGCAACCCGCUGCAGGAGGCCAAGUAUCUCCCCUUCGCGGACGACGCCACCCAGUUUCGCGAGUCGUGCCCUGUGACCAUGCAGGUCAUGCAGAGGCUGGCAGCUUUAGCAUCCAUCCUGGAAGAGGAGCUAGGCCUGCAACUGGCAGUUCCCAAGUCUGCUAUGGCGGCCUGCUACCCACCGAAGGCAUCCUACAAGAUGCACUUGGACAGCUAUUUCCUCCAUGGCUGUCCAGAUGACAUCCCUCGGAAAGUGACCAUCCUGCUCUACUGCAACCAAGGCUGGACGAAGUCCGUGGGUGGAGAGCUUCGAGCCUGGGAAGCCUUUGACCAAGGGCGGGGGCCGUCACGGACCAUUGAGCCUCUCACGGGGCGGAUGGUGGUCUUCAUGGCCGAGGAGAUUUGGCAUGAGGUGCUCGAGUCCCACGGCGAUCGUUACGCCUUGACCCUCUGGAUCCACGACCGCGCGCGGGUUCAGAUCUCACCGUGAGCAGUAAGGAAUCUGCAGCGGGUUCCGCGUGAUGGGGAUCUGAGGUGGAGGAAUGCUGAAACGGGAGAACCAUGAGGCGUCACCUUCCACCAUUUUUCUGUGGGACGGAUGUCCAGACGGCGACGCACCAGG